CCGCAGCCGAGCAGCGCCAUGGCUCCAGCGCUGGGUUUGGGGCUGCUCUGGGGGCUCCUGGGGCUCCUGGGGGACCCGGGGGGCGCGACCAAAGGCCCCCCAAAUCUCCGUGUCCCCCCAGUUCUCCACUCCCUGCGUUACCUGUACAUGGCGAUGUCAGAGCCCAGCCCAGGGAUGCCCCAGUACAUGAUCCCUGGAUACCUGGAUGGGAUCCCCUUCACACGCUACGACAGUGAGCAGGGCCGGGUGGAGCCGCUGACACAGUGGAUAAAGGAUGGAGCCGAGCCGGGAUAUUGGGAGAGGCAGACCCAGCAUGCUGUGGCAUGGCAGCAUGUGGGUGCCAGGAACCUGGAGACACUGCAGGAGCGGUACAACCAGAGCAGGGAUCUCCACACAAGGUUGGUAGUUUAUGGCUGUGAACUCCUGUCCGACGGGAGCAUCCGCGGAUCCUUAAGGAUUGGCUGCAAUGGGUGGGAUCAUCUCUCCUUUGACCUGGAAUCUGGGAGAUUGAUGGCAGCCAACACCAUUGCUGAGGUCACCAGGAGGUGCUGGGAACAGGAUGGGACUGUGAUUGAGGCGCGGAUGAAUUACCUGAAGCAUGUCUGCCCGGAAGGGCUCAAGAAAUACGUUGGAUACGGACAGAAGGAGCUGGAGCGCAAAGAGCCCCCUGAUGUCCACGUGUCCGGAAGAGAGGAACACGGGACGCUGAUCCUGUCCUGCCAUGCGUAUGGAUUCUACCCCAACACCAUCGCAGUCAGCUGGAUGAAGGGGGGUGAAACCUUGGAUCAGGAGACGGAGUGGGGCGGGAUCGUUCCCAGCAGUGACGGCACCUUCCACACCUGGGCCAGGAUCGAGGCGCUGCCGGAGGAGCGGGAGCAGUACCGGUGCAGGGUGGAGCAUCCCGGAAUGCCGGAGCCCGGGAUCUUCGCUUGGGAGCCGACAUCUGGGGGGAAUCUCACCAUGAUGGUCACUGUGUCUGUCAUCGCUGUCAUGCUCAUCCUCCUCAUCAGAUUCGGCGUCUGGAAGCUCCAAUCCGGUAACACACGGGAUGGGGGUCGGGAAGGGACACGGAUCCACCCGGCACUGUUCUGGGAAUCCUGUGCCACCAAUGCUGAUCCCACUUUGUUUCCACAGGGAGGAGAGACAGGAAUGGAUACAACCCGGCAGCUGGUGAGUUCCAGUGGUGGAUCCAGCUCUGGAUCCCCUCUGUGUGGAUCCCGGGAUGGAUCCUGGGGUUAA